AUGUCCCUCCCAAACCCGGUCGAUCCCGGCGCCAAAGUCCUCCAUCGAGUACUCGAAGCUCAACACGAUGCUCCUUACAGAGAUAGCGAAGCCUCCUCCAGCGACAGUGCUGUCGACACCGAUGUCCAGCAUGGAAUUCAGGAAAUCGAAGCCGUCACUUUAUCGUGGUCCAAAACCUCUCUCCUCGUCGCCUUUGUCUUGAUAUGGCUUGUCUACUUCGUGCAGGGGCUGGUAGGAGGAAUCAGCGGUGCUUUACUUCCAUAUGUCACCUCCGAUUUCGCCAUGCACUCCCUCACUGCUACGACCAGCGUUAUGAGUUUUGUUAUAGGAGGUGUCACCAAUCUGAGCAUUGCAAAGACUCUCGACGUCUUUGGUCGUCCUCAGGGCUUCAUGUUCUGCGCCAUCACUGCAACGAUUGGACUUAUCAUGUCGGCCGCUUGCAACAACGUCGAGGCCUACGCUGCAUCCCAAGUCUUCUAUACUGUUGGAAUUAACGGUGUUGGUUACAGUCUCAGCGUCUUCAUCGCCGAUACCACAUCUCUCCGAAACAGAGGUCUUAUCCAGUCUAUCUGCGCCUCUCCCAAUAUUAUUACCGCCUGGAUUGGUGGUCCCAUCGCCACUGCGUUCUUAAAAGGUGCUGGCUGGAGAUGGGCAUUUGGUAUGGAGAGUAUUCUUGUACCAUUCGUCACUAUUCCUCUGUUCAGCCUAUUCAUGGUUCACUAUCAAAGAGCCAAGAGUCAAGGUCUUAUGCCAAACAGAGAAUCCAAGGGCUCGUUUCUUGACGCAACUCGGUACUACAUCCGAGAAUUCGACUUAGUUGGACUUCUCAGUCUCUCUACCGGAGUAGCCCUCUUCCUUCUACCUUUUAAUCUCUACACGAUGCAAGCAAAGGGCUUUGGCUCGCCCAUGAUCAUUUGCUUCUUCGUCUUCGGCAUCCUUCUACUUAUCUUCUUCGGUAUCUGGGAAAGGUUCUUCGCCAAAGUCUCGUUUAUCCCUUGGCGAUUCCUUCUUGACCGCACUGUCACUGGCGCUUGUCUUCUCUCGUUCUCCAUGUUUUUCAGCUCUGGUUGCUGGUCGCUUUACUUUACCUCUAUUCUCCAAGUUGUGAACAACUUAAGCGUCACCAAUGCGAGUUACAUAGUAUCGGCCUACACGGUCGGCGGCUUUUUGUUUGCUAUACUUAUUGGAUGGAUUCUGUCGUACACUGGAAACUUCAAAGCUACCACCCUGUAUGUCGCACUUCCUUUUGCCACGCUGGGAACGGGAUUGAUGAUUUUCUUCCGUCAACCGGACCAGAGCAUUGGUUACAUCGUCAUGUCUCAACUGAUCUUAGCUGUUGGAAGUGGCUCUAUCAUGAUCACUGCCGAAAUUGCUAUCCUUGCUGCUGUCAGCGAACAACAGUACUUUGCCGUCGCCAUUGCUCUGGUAUCAAUGUGCUCAAGCAUCGGACAGGCUGUUGGUUUAACUGUUUCCUCGGCCAUUUGGCAAGACGUCAUUCCCAGAAAGCUGGCAGAGUAUCUCCCGGCAGAGGACCUACCAAAUCUUCCAAUCAUCGCCGCGGACAUCGUCACUCAACUUUCUUUCCCAGUUGGAUCGCCUACCCGACUGGCGAUUCAGCAUGCUUACGGAGAUGCCCACAAGCUUCUGUUCAUUGCGGGCACUGCGGCCUGGGUCCUUGGCUUUGUGGGAACCCUUAUGUGGAAGAAUAUCAACAUUAAAAACAUUAAGCAGACCAAGGGACGUGUUGCUUGA